AUAACAAUGACAUUAAAACAGAUGUCUGUGACGCCUAACAGAACAUUUUUCUUAUGUAUUUUUCUCACAACAAAACAAUUUGAGCAAGAAAACAUUUUGAAUCCAGAAAAGGCGCACAAUUUGCUGGGCUGUGUUGUUUUAAGACUGAAUUCACGUCAAUGGACAAUAAAUGCCGAGUGUGCAUGGGAACGUCCAGACCAUUCACUAACAUUUUUGAUGAGACACAAAAAUGGGACACUUGUCUUGCUGAUAUGAUAGCCCAGUGUACCGGGUACACGGUUAAGCGAGGUGAUUUACUAUCAGAAAACAUAUGUCCGCCUUGCCUUGAGGAUGCAGUGAGUUCGUUCAAUCUUAAAAAAACCUGUAAGCAGAACCAUCAACUCUAUUUCGAAAUGAUGGAGGAGCAAAAAGAAGAAGACAUUUGUGAGGAUCAAAAAGACGAGGACUCAGAGCAGUCACAUAACGAAAGUGAGAAACCAAACCAAAUUGAAACCGAUGCAAAAAUAGAACGUGAUCCAGAGAAAUCGGAUGAUCCAGAACGGCCCCACCAAUGUCCAGACUGCCCGAAAACCUAUAGACGAAGAGUCGAUCUCGUAAUACACUACCGUCUUCACACUGGCGAACGACCCUACGUAUGUGCUGUAUGUUCGAAAGAUUUCGGGCAAAAGUCCAAUUUUGUCAAACACAUGCGUACGCACUCGGAUGUGAAACGUGAUCGACCCUUCCUAUGUUCGACCUGCGGAAAAUGUUAUUCGUACAACUACCAGCUUGAAAUACACACUCGUACUCACACGGGAGAGCGACCGUUUAAGUGUACUCAGUGUCCUAAGGCCUACAUGGAACUCCAUGCUCUCACUACUCAUACUCGCAAACACACGAAGGAACUAGAAAAAUCACAAUGUCCUCAUUGCUCCGAAGUUUUUCCCUUGCUCGCCGACUUAAAGAUUCACAUUCAAAGAUGUCACGCGGAUAAAUUACCUUUCUUAUGCAACGAAUGCUCGAAAUCCUUCGUACACAAAUCAGAUCUAGAACAUCACUUACUUACGCACACAAAGGAACGACCCUUCAAGUGCUCCGAAUGCUCGAAAACCUUUCAACAAAAUUCCCAUCUCAACGAACACAUCCGUGUUCACACUGGGGAGCGACCAUAUAAAUGUACUCACUGCGGGAAGGGCUUUUCCCGAUCUGGAGCUCUUCGCGAUCACAUUCGAUUGCAUACAGGUGAUCAACGCUUCCAAUGCUCUUUCUGCACGAUGGCUUAUAACAAAAAACAACAUUUGGAAACACAUAUUCGCACUCACACAGGAGAGCGACCGUAUAAGUGUUUGACGUGUGAUAAAUCCUUUCGCGUAGCUGGAACUCUUGCGGUUCACAUGCGUACACAUACCGGAGAACGAGCCUAUAAAUGCUCGGAGUGCUCAAAGUCGUUUAUACAGAAAUACGAACUAAAAUUACACAUCCGUUCUCACACUGGGGAGAGACCGUAUGAGUGCAAUCAAUGUUCAAAAUCGUUUUCACAACUAGACACUCUGAAGACGCACAUACGAAGUCACUCUGAAGAUCGACCAUUCCAAUGCGUGCACUGCUCAAAAUCAUUUAAGCACAGAUCUGGCCUCCAUGUGCACACCCGUACGCAUAUUGAAGAAAUUGUUUACCAAUGUGCUUACUGCGAAAAGUCCUUUACUCAAAAGCACCAUCUUCAAACACAUGCCCGUAUUCACACAGGUGUUCGGCCCUACUCUUGCUCUCAAUGCUCGAAGUCGUUCACGCAAAAGAUCCAUCUAACUCAACAUAUACUAACCCACACUACUGAAAAAGUCUAGACGGGUUCUUACUGUCCAAAGACCUUUAAACAAAACUCCUAUCUUCUAAAACAACCGAACACACGAUUCGUUCCACUCAUUUGCAAGCUGAUAAUUCACAAAAAUGUAU